GACAGACAGAGAGAGAGAGAGAGAGAGAAAGAGAGACAGAGAAGAAAAGAAAGAGAGAGAAAGACAGCCGACGGGCCGCCGUUGCACGUCGGCCGCCGCCGCUGCCGCUGUUAACUGUAUGUAAUCGCGCGCUACGUUCCCCCUCCUCCCCUCCGCCCGUCCUUUCGUAGCCGGUGCUGACACGAGCCGUCUAAAUCCGCACCCCGGUUCUACCGACCGACGACACGGGCGCCGCCGUCGCUCGACGCUCGCCGCCGACGACGACGACGACGACAGCUACGACAGCUACGACGACGACGACGACGACGACGACAACGACAACGACAACGAUAAGGACGAUUACGACGACGAAAACGUCGACGACGACGACGACGACGACGAUACGCAGGCCACGCGACACAGGUUAUGUCAACUGGAUUGUCAGGCGCUGUCUCAAACCAGCGGAUGAAAGGACAAACCGGCAAUCAAGUGCUGGCACGGGACGCACGUGUUGAAUGCAAGGGGAGAGCAGGUGUCGUCGCGAGUUGGACGCAUGAAAUGACAUUGAUUGAUUCUCGUGUGUCAAGUCAAGAGAUAUCAGAUCAGGUAUUUGGAGAUUGAGGAUUGAGGAUAAUGGGCUAUAAACUGAAGAUCGAAGACUGAAGAUUGGAACUUGACUAAUUCGGACAAUGCAAGCAAAGAUUGAAUGAGCAAUGGCCCUAAGGAACACCAGCAGCAACAGCAGACGGAGCAUGCCGCUGGCGAAGACACCGGCUUCGACUCGUGGCGAGGUGGUAACAAUGCUCAGCAUCACUCGAGUUAUCCAAUCGGCGCCGGUGAUCCGUACAACCCGUACUACGCCAGCACUUCGUUUCCUUAUCAGGCCUUCGGAGAUGGCACGUGGUCGAACGGCACGGACCCGGUGGCCUUUCUGUCCGGCUACGGCGGUCAAAUAGGUCAUGACGCGUACGGCAUGGACGGUAUGUUCUCAGCGAGCGCCGGCGGCGGCUUCAGCGCGUUCGGCCAGCCGCAGUUUAACUAUUUCCACGGUAAUGGCGACUUCAGCGCCUGGGGCACACCCAGGAGAACCAAGUACGAGGACUAUUACCCGCGCGGUAAUGAGAGCUAUACCACGCCAAGCAGCACCGACAUCAAGACUAUCGAGCAGAGCAUGCAGAGCCUGUCGAUCGGUAGCACCGGCGAGCUGCCGAGGCAGGAUCCGCAGCACUCCGCUGCCGCGGCUGCCGUAGCUCAGCAACAGCUCAAGCCGGAGCCGAAGGAACCACGUAAGAUCACUUGGGCUAGCGUGGCUAGUCAGCCAGCGAAGCCGGUGCCGCCGUUGUCGUCCACGCAGGGUAUGAAAAAGAAGGCGGGCAUGCCCCCGCCGCCGAUAGUGCCGGGCAAGCACAACAUGGACAUCGGCACGUGGGGCGAGGGCAAGUCUUCCGCGCCGCCGCCACCAACGGCGCCGCCACCGCCGCAGGUGCAACCGCCAAUCCCGCCGCCGCCACCGCCCGUCCAGAGGCAGCAGAGACCGCCGCCGCCGCCCCCGUGCUGGAACCGGCAACCGACGGCGGCGACCCCGCCGCCGCCGCAAACGCAAAUUCAUAUGCCGCCGCAGUCGCAGCAUCAACAGCACCAACAGCAGCAGCAGCAUCAUCAGCAGCAACAGCAACAACAGCAGCAGCAGCAGCACCAACAACAACAACAGCAGCAGCAGCAGCAGCAGCAGCAGCAGCAGCAGCAGCAGCAGCAGCAACAGCUCGCGCAAAGCCAAUCGCAUCCGGUGCUCGAUGAGCUGAAGGUGAAAAAUGACUACAACCCCGUGGAAUUCGAUCAGACCGCGCCUGGCGCCAGGUUCUUCGUUAUCAAAUCCUACUCGGAAGAUGAUAUACACCGUUCGAUCAAGUACGAAAUUUGGUGCAGUACGGAGCACGGUAACAAGCGGCUGGACCAGGCUUAUCGGGAGGCGAGUCGCGAGGGCGCGCCCCUCUAUCUGUUCUUCUCCGUCAACGGGUCCGGUCACUUCUGCGGCAUGGCGCAGAUGGUGUCGCCUGUCGAUUAUCAGUGUAACAGUAGUGUUUGGUCGCAGGACAAAUGGAAGGGUCAGUUCCGCGUACGUUGGAUUUACGUGAAGGACGUUCCUAAUGUGCAACUGCGACACAUUAAGCUAGAGAACAAUGAGAACAAACCGGUGACCAAUUCGCGGGAUGCGCAGGAGGUGCCGCACGUCAAGGGCGUCACAGUGUUGCGUAUCCUGCAUACCUAUCGCCACUCCACCAGUAUCUUCGACGACUUCGGGCAUUAUGAGCGCAGGCAAGCCGAGGAGGACCAGCGUAAGGCGCCGAGCAGUGCCAUACAGCAUCACCAUCCUUCCACCAAUCACAGGAACAGAGGUCACGCCACGGACUUGCCCAGAGAUCAUCAUCAGCAUGGUCAUCAACCUCACCUGCAUCAGCGCAAGGAACGCGAUGGUACUCGUGGUCGCGGCGGCAGAGGAGGUUCGCGCCAGUAGCGUUGGGUAUCGCAGAAACGUCACGACAUGGACGAGAAUGAUCGACGUAAAGGAAGCACGCUGCGACUAAUCAUCACGUCCUACCACUUACUACCUUUGCUUUCCCGGAUCCGCGAUGGGCUUCUGAUUUUCCUGAUGUGACCGAACUUUCGUCGUCGAGACCGCGUUGUUCUUACGUUUAAAAAUGAUUAAUCCGUAUGAGAUAACUAGCGUCGCGCGUCGACAUCAUCGUAAAUAAUAUGUAACCGCAACUAUUAUGAGAAACGAAGGAGAAGAUGAUGAUACGCUAUCUCGAAGAAUAUUUGGCUAAACUCGCUGACGAUCGCUAAAGAAAAGAAACAAAAGCGUAUAGUGUGGUGUUGCGUGCUAUUCAUCGAAUGGUGUUUCUUAAACGUACAAAUAAUAAAGCGGAACAGGUAGAACGCAGACAGGAGACAGAGAAAGAAAGAAAGAAAGAAACGGUGAGAAAGAGGCGGAAUGAAGGAGGAAGAAGGAAGAAAAUGAGACGCGUUAAUAAUAGAGAAGGACGAAAAAGGAAAAAAAAAAAGAGGAAACUGUAACAUGUGGACUAAUCCUAAUGUAAUAAAAUGCUUAAACUUUUGUUGAAAAUGAGAAAAAAAAUCUAUGCGAGAACACUUUAUUGUAAGCAAGUGUCAUUUGGAUCGGUUAUAGUUUCCAACACCGAUGAACAUUUAAUCUGGUGCCUGCAGCUACGAGAGGAAUCGAAUCCCCCCUUAAAUUGUUAAUAAGGUGCAGGGGCUUGUUACAACGUUUUCAGUUGUAUUUAUAACCAUCAUGCUUCACGAAGAAUUAUACAGAAAAAAAAAACAAGAUUACCGGCGUUUAUUUUAGCGCGUAUUCUAUAUCUCUAUUACGAAUAUAUCUAUUAUUAUAUUAUUCAUGAACUACAGAGAAAUAAUGAGUUGAGGAUAAUAUAACGAAGUGAAUAAUACUGCAAUUAAUCUACUGUAAUGUACACGAUGACGACGAUAAUUAUUAUUAUUAUUAUUAUUAUUAUUAUUAUUAUUAUUGUACCAUUUGAUGAAAUUUCAUGAUGAUUCUUAUUGUUAAA